AUGGAUGCCGUAGCAGCAGCGGCAGCUUUUCGCGGCAUCCCCUGUUUCCGACCCCCGAUGCCUUGGGCGGCGGCUUGCUACAGAGUACGAGUAGUGUACACACUACAUUCUCCUUCUUGCUCAAACAAAACAAAACAACAUGCGACUGCAAGCCUAUUGUUUGCUCACGCCUCAUGGCCUGAUUGGCACUCAUGUCGCAGCAUCAGCAGCAGCAGCAACAUCAAUCGCCUUUCGGGUUGCCCUGUCGGCAGAUGUGGUCGUCUUUCUUUAUCGGUGAAUUGCCCCCCCCUCCUUCGAGGCUUUCAAAGUCGUCUUCAAGCACAUCGAUACACGUCACACAUACGGGCUCGGUACGAGACAGCUGUCAGAGCUAUGACUGCCAUCUUCCGCCCCGCGGUUCUACCGGAUCCUUGCCGUGCACUCUUUGAAACCCUCCCUUUGGCCGGGCUCACACGUGGGUGUGUAGAUACUUAG